AUGUACCGGCGCAGCUACGUCUUCCAGACCCGCAAGGAGCAGUACGAGCGCGCCGAGGAGGCGUCGCGCGCCGCCGAGCCGGACAGCCUGGCCGACGGCCGGGCGGCCGCGCCGGGCCUGGUGGCGCUGCAGGGGCUCGGCGAGCGCGUGGCCGCCCACGUCCAGCGGGCCCGCGUGCUCGAGCAGCGCCACGCCGUCCUCCGGCGGCAGCUCGAUGCCUUCCAGCGGCUGGACGAGCUGGCCGGCCCCGAGGACGCCCUCGCCCGCCACGUCGAGAGCAAUCGCCAGCGCGUCCGGGACCUGGCGGCCGAGCGCGUCCGGCUGGAGCGCCAGGGCGCAGAGGCGCAGCGCGCGCUCGACGAGUUCCGGAGCAAGUAUGAAAAUGAAUGUGAAUGUCAGCUGCUGCUGAAAGAAAUGCUUGAACGGCUUAACAAGGAAGCUGAUGAAGCCUUGCUACAUAACCUGCGCCUUCAGAUCGAAGCCCAGUUUCUGCAGGAUGAUAUCAGUGCUGCCAAGGACAGGUACAAAAAGAAUCUUCUGGAAAUUCAGACCUAUGUCAGCAUCCUGCAGCAGAUUGUCCAGACCACCCCCCAAGUGUCUGCCAUCACGAGUGGGAUGAGGGAGGAGAAGCUCUUGACGGAACGAGAAGCCACCGCCCUGCAGAGUCAGCUGGAGGAGGGCCGGGAGAUGCUCUCCUUCCUGCAGGCGCAGAGAGCCGAGCUGCAGGCCCAGACAGCGACCCUGGAACAAGCUAUUAAAGACGCCCACGAUUGCUAUGAUGGCGAGAUUCAGCUCUAUAAUGAACAGAUUGAAAGCCUGAGGAAGGAGAUUGAAGAGACGGAGAGGAGCCUAGAGAAAUCGUCCUAUGAUUGCCGGCAGCUGGUGGUCGCCCAGCAGACCCUGAAGAACGAGCUGGACCGGUAUCAUCGCAUCAUUGAGAAUGAAGGCAGCAGGCUGAGCUCCGCCUUCAUUGAAACUCCCAUCACUCUGUUCACCCUGAGCCACGGAGCCUCCGUCAGCCCUCGAACCGGCGGGAAAGAUCUCACCAGGGCUGUGCAGGACAUAACAACAGCAAAACCAAGACAAAAAGGCCUCCCUAGGAAUAUUCCAAGGAAAAAGAUUAUAGCUAAAGACAAAGCAGAGGAAAGUCUGGAAGAUGCUCCACCGAAAGAUCCAGAAGACACGAAGCUGGUGCAGGUGGUGCUUAAAGAAGAAGGUGAGUCUAAGCUUGAAUCAGGGGGUGAAGAAGCAAGUCCCCCAACCCCAGAAGAGACCCCAGAGGACGUGCCGGAUGGAGGGCAGAUAAGUAAAGCCUUCGGGAAACUCUGCAAGAUGGUCAAGGAGAGAGUAAGAAGCCCCCAAGAACCUGAGCCCCCCGCUGACCUCUGCACCGAAGAGCAGCACGUGCUGGUCUCUGGCGAUGCCAGUUACGUGAACCCUGAGUUCUGUUCCUUCUCCAUGCCGGCCAGAGGGCAAGUGGUUGUUUCCACUGAGGACGACUCUGUGCGUCGUGACAGCCAUGCGGAGCCCUCUCCUGAGCAGCCCAAGCCCCCUCUGGAGGAUGGGCAGGGGGAUUCCCAGGGGGGAGAAGAGGGACGCCCACCCGACCAGCAUCCUGCAGAAAAGGAGAGUGAGAUAAGUGCCGAAGAACUGAAAGACACCGGGGAGAAGCAUGAUGGCCAAAGGGAGGAGGAGGGGUCCCAGAGGCCCUGUCCUGUGGUCACACCUGGUCCAGAGGGACCGUCUACACCCCCAUCCCAGACGUCUGUGGUCAGCGAGGGUGGAUCUGAGGGGUCUGGGGCUCAGAGCAGCAGCCUGCCGGAGAGAGGCCCUCCCAGGACUCUGGCGUAUGAGAAGGUGCAAGUGGUGGAGUCCAUUGAGAAGUUUUCAACCGAGAGCGUUCAAACGUAUGAGGAAACUGCCGUGGUUGUGGAGACCGUGACUGGAAAGACGAAGGCGAAGAAGAAACUGGGAGAGACAGGCUCUUAA